AAUGUUUUUCUGCCUUCCUGAAGCAGUAAAUGCGGAAAGUGCUGCGAAAAAGAGAGAGAAGAGGAUCAGCUUGAUUAGAAACAGGGAUUUCUUCGACAUUGCAGCUCAUCAUGGGUGUUUCUCACUGGCUCUUGGCCUCUGUGCUCUUUCUGCCGCUCUCCGUAACAGCACAAGGAUGUUCUGUCUCCAAUAGCAAUCCAAGUGUUCCUGAAAAUAACAAUCCUGGAUAUGUUGUGACCACUAUCUCUGUGGAACCUGGUUUCACUGUAAUUAUUGAUCCUAGCUCUCCAGAUGGCAAUUAUUUUACCAUCCAGGGGUCCGAGCUGCAACUAAACAGAAGCGUGGAUUAUGAGACUGACACUGUGCUGUUAGUGACCCUGACUUGUGAGAAAAGUGCUGUGGAGAGUUACAGCUUGCCAAUUAUUGUGACCAUUAUCAAUCUGAAUGAUAACAGCCCAGUGUUUAAGGAAACCAGCCUCACCAGAGUUAUAGCUGAGGACACAAAAGUGAAUGCAACCAUUGUAGCCCGUGAAGAUGUAAGUGCUAGUGAUGCUGACUUGGACAUAAUCUACUAUAAACUCGAUUCGACAGUGCAGAACACCAGCGAUUAUUUUGCCAUAAAAGGAGUCAAUAACCCUGAAAUCUAUUUACUAAAAGCGUUGAAUUAUGACAAAUUUAACUUCACAACAUUGCUCUUGUAUGCAAUGGACAAUACUGAGGGCAUGAACGUAAUCAUUCAUACAGCUACCGCAACAGUAAACAUAAUUAUUGAGCAAGCUGACACCAGACCUCCCUGGUUCCUACCCUGCACUUUCAUUGACACGGACAGAAGCAUUUGCAUCAGCAGCACCUAUACUGGGAGAGUAAAUAUGUCCGAGAUGUCGACUGAACCACUCACCUUGGAGCCAGGACCCAUCUAUGCUAUCGAUCCUGACUACAUUUUAAAUGAAAAAAUUGUGUACAGUAUUGUUGGUGGGAAUGCAGAUAAUGUAUUCUCAGUGGAUGCAGACACGGGAAAUCUAACUAUGAACAGAGUAGCAGCUUCUCCAAAUUCAUACCUAUUACAGGUGAUGGCCACUCAAGUCAACAACAAACAGAAAUACUCCAUAGCCAAUGUAGAAAUUCAGGUCAUCAAUAAAAGUGACCAUGCACCAUACUUCGAGUCCAGAAUCUAUGCAGGGACAGUGUCUGUUGGUCUGGACCCAAGAAGCUUUGUCUUCCAAGCUGGUGAUUCUUCAAGCCCCCUGAUGAUAGCAGCACUGGAUGAUGAUUUCCCUAAUAAACUCAACCCAAACAUUGAGUACUACAUAAGGAACAACACCAAUUUCAUCGCAACCAAAGAUGGACUUAUCCUGACGAAUGUGAUGCUGCACUCACCGGAGACUGCAAUCAUGGAGGCUGUCGCAAAAGAUACAGUGAGUCUACAGGAGGGGAGCACUGUAGUAACAGUGGAGAUCACCGCUGCCAAAGCUGAAACCUCCACCUCUGAUAAAAUAUAUACUGCACAGGAUAUGGGUAUCUUAGGUGGUAUCUUAGCUGCCUUGCUAUUAAUUGCCUUAGUCUUCCUUGGAGUGAUGAUAUAUAAACAAUAUGGAAAGACAGUCAAGUUCCUGAUUAAUAAAAAAUUCUCCAAGGAUUUCCCUGGAAGCUACGACAAUCAAGCUUACAGGCAAGACGAACAUCCAGAUCUGAGUGCCAACAAGCAGGAAAGCACAGAAUAUGUCAAUGUAACCAAGAUACAGCAGCCAUCACUUUUCUUGACACCUUCUAGCGAACAAGAAAUUCAUGGACUUCCACAGACUUCCCCAGCUUCCACCAUCAUUUCUGACCAGAAAGUGGAAGAAGAAGAGGAAGAAGAAGAGGAAAAGGUGGAAGAAGACACUAAGCAUGAAAAGGAAGUGAAAUCUAUCCUCAAAACAGACAGGAAUGAGGGGGACCCAGGAUACAAAGCUGUGUGGUUUAAGACCGAUGUGGAUCCAAGUGGAGAAAAUGUUGAAGUGAUUAAUGACAAUGCAGAUUAUGACGAUGACAGUGACCAAGAUCUGCGGGAGAAUGAGAAGGAGGAAGAAGAUUACAAGGAUGACCACCACAGAGAUCCGGGAAUGUUCCUUGCCUCAGACAGCUCAUCAUUCCAAGCUGCAGUUAACAUGUCUACCAGAGAUGACAGUGAUGCAUAA